AUUCACUGCAUGUUAUUGCGCAAACGCAGUCUUGGCUUGGCAGGAGACCAUUCAUGCAAUAUAACAAUGUAGACGCUAUUCUAAGAGUGACCGUUAAGAUACCGAGAUCUAGCAAAGAUGGUGGCCAAAUGGCUUCUCCACCUUGCUGUUCUAGUCUGUUACAGUGAAACAGUCGUCUCAAUUUCAAGACAGGAAGGGAUCUUACAGGAUAUUUCGAUUCGUAGCACUUCCGGUAAUCCUAGGUGCUACAUCAGGAUUGAAAUGAACCCAAAGGAAGUAGAGUCUGCAGUACAACAACUAUCGCACCACCAAAAGUCACCAGCUGACUUCAUCCAUUUUCCACCAGAUGAGAAAGUGACAAUAAACAAGCCUGCGACAAUAAUCCUACUUUACGGCAACGUGGCAGUCCUUGAUGUGGAGAGCCAGAAGAAUGUUUUGUGGUACUGCAGGGAUGCAACUCAAUAUCUCGUCAUCGAUGAAGGAAAGUAACGUAAAAAUAAUAUUUUCAUAAAUGCAUCUAAGUGAUUGUAUAUACUAUCUAUUUUACAAAUGCAUGCAAGAUAGUGCAACGUCAU